AUGACGGCUUUGGCCAAUGGCACGGUGAAGGAGAAAGCCGAGUUGCUCCGCAGGUUUGUGGCUUGUGGAGAGAACGUUAAGGCAUGUGAAUCGCAGAUUCAGAUGUCCAAGAAGCAGACAUUGGAGGGACGCACCAGCAUGCGUCUCAUCGCGGUAAAAGACAUGCAGAAAAUCGAUUGCAUCGUGUCGCGAGGAGGGGGCGUCCCUGACAGGGACGCCCCUUCCGUACUGGAGGAGACAAAGUUCUGGUGCGUUGUGGAGGAGAGCCGGACCGACGUGUCAUCCAUUGGGUACGAGGAGCAAAUGACGGUGCACACCAGGCCAACCGCCAGCACAGCCUCGCGCAUCAUGGAUGGGGUCGUGGAGCCGGGUCUUCUUAACAAGCGCGCAGUGCCGGCCGCUAGCCCCCUCAGCAGCGAUGUGCUGCGUGCCUAUGACAACUACACCGACAAACUCGCACAGGCAACGGGCACCACAGAGCCAGCCAGUGACUUGCUAUGA